AACCUGUAUUCUCCAAAGUGUCAUAGCUUUCAGUUUCUGGACUACCAAUCUCUUUGAUAUUUCCGAUCCCCUCUUUUUUGCUUCAAGAAUAGCCAUGGGUAUUCGUUUGCGUUCGAUGAUUCCUCAAUCCAAGCAGAUUGUCAGAUUACAAUCUUUUCUUAUACGAAACCAGUUAUCCACUACAACACCGGUUCCAAAAGGCCACUGUGUCGUUUACGUGGGAGAAACAGAAAUGAAAAGGUUUGUGGUUCCUGUUUCUUACUUGAACCAUCCUUCAUUCCAAAUUCUACUUAGUCGUGCUGAGGAAGAAUUUGGGUUUGAUCAUCCGAUGGGAGCUCUGACAAUUCCAUGCAAAGAAGCUGCUUUCCUAGAUCUCACAUCUCGUUUGAACGCUUCAUGAAGGAGGGAGAACAAAGUGCCGUAUUGACUUAAUCACACCAGUUUCAAGUUUAUGUUCAUCUAACAAUAUUUUUUAGAAGAGGGUUUUUUCCCAAUCCAUGUAUAAAAACUUCUUUUCUUUAUGUAACUGACUGGGCAGAGAAACAGAAAAGACUCUCCCACUGAAAAUUAAAGAAACUUUUCCUUUCAAUCCAA